AUAGAGAAUAUCAGGUUCAGUCGGUCUUGUUGAAACCUGCAUAACUACCGAGAUGAGGACAAAGCGGAAGGAUCGAUCAGUUUAAGGAUGAUGGACCUUUGGUGUCGGCUGUGGCACCUGCCACUCUUGCUGUAUCUCACAGGACUCCUGCAGUCUGACCUGUGCAGCGGUCAGCGUCUGGUCCAGAUCCAGGAAGGUCCUCUGUAUAGAGUAAAAGGAUAUCCCAUCUUCAUAUCCUGUAAUGUUAGUGGGUUUAAAGGCUCACCACUGCAGGAUUUUCAAUUCAUUCUUAAGAAAGGAAAUAUCGAUAUAAAUAUGAUCAGCACUUUUGACACAGACUUUCCCUACAGAAUGUACUCUGAUAGGGUAACAAAUAAAGAUAUUGAGAUUCAAAGGUUGUCAGGAUCUUCAGUUCUCUUGAGGAUCAAUGAUUUGAUGGAGGAGGAUGCUGGGGAUUUGUUUUGUGAGACGCCAAACACAGAUGGCAUUUAUCUUGGAAGUUAUGCUGCCGAAACAAAGCUUAAUGUGAUUGCAGACACCCUGGAGGCAUCAUACUCUGGCUCUCCUUCUCAGAGCUUGUCUGAAGGUGAUCCUCUUCAGCUUGAGUGUCAGGUCUUCAGCCAGACUUUUCAACAUACUCAUCUGUCGGUCACCUGGUUUCUCCAUGGUGAAGAAGAUGAAAACCCCCAGCCAGUCAUUACUCUGGACAAAGAUCUGACUGUAAAGCCAGGAGCUGGAUUUGAGGAUCGCUAUGGUUCUGGUCUUAUCAGCAUGGAUAAGGUGGAAGACACAACCUACAGGCUGAAGAUGUCUCAAGUGCAGCAGUCAGACCAAGGCAAGUUCUUCUGCAAAGCCAUUGAGUGGAUCCAAGACCCAGACCGCUCCUGGACACAGAUUGCCUACAAAACCACCCCAGCAUGCGACGUGGAGAUCAAAUUACUUGUGGCCCCUGAUGUGGGCUCGUUCAGUGUAAAUCUGAAGGUUUCAAAGGGGCCAUUAAAGGAGGGAGAUGCACUGGACAUCCGUUGCAGUGUGAAUGCACAAAACCUUCCUGGUCAUUUCUUCUCUGUGACUUGGCUGAAGAACCAGCAGAAAGUGGCCCAGAUUGGAUCUUCUGGGGUGCUCACUGUCUCUGACAGUUACAAAGAGAGAGAGAAUGCAGCAGAGAUGAAAGCAGUGAAAACCAGUCAGAUGGACUAUCUGCUGACCAUCCGUUCGGCUCGGACUGAGGACCAGGGACAAUACCAGUGUGAAGUAUGGCAGGAAAACAUGAAUGAAGAUGGCAUCUUCACAAAAAUACAAAAAAAAAUGUCCAGUCCAGAGACUGUGAGCAUCACAGCUAAAGAGAGUGAUCUGGCGGUGUUGAUGGUGAUGAAUGACAUGGUGACUGAGGGAGAUGCACUACGGGUCACCUGCUCAGUGACGGGGUUCAAAGGUCCUUUAUCAGUGUCAUGGCAACACAAGAAAGACUCCGGGGUUUCCUUCAGUGAUGUCAUUAGUCUGACCCAUGAGGGAGUGAUGAAAGAUGUUGGGGCAAGAUAUCAGAGAAGAAAUAUCCAAACACUUCAUUCUCCAGCUGGAAACUUUACUCUGGAGAUUGGUGCAGCUGCAACAUCUGACAGCGGCGAAUAUAAGUGCAUUGUGUCUGAAUGGACAGUACAGAGCAAUGGAGAGAUGAAGAAAGCCAACACUCAAUCUCAGCAAAAAGCCAUUCCAGUGAAUUCUGUUGAAUCUCUAAUGAGGGUGAGCUUGAAAAGUCGUACAACAAAUGUGCCAAUAGAUUCUCCAGUAGAGCUGCUAUGCACAAUCAGAGGGCCUAAAGUGACUUUGGCUGUACGCUGGAUGUUUCAGCCUCGCAAUUCAACUGUUCAAACAAACAUUUUAUCCAUACGCCACACUGGGGAAAUGACCUGGACGGCAGAUCAGAGAAACUAUCAGCUGUCUAUUCAAGCUCAGCCGACAGAGACUCGUUUUAUUCUCAUGAUUCCAAGAGUCAGCAAGAAACAAGAAGGACAGUACCAGUGUCAAGUUGAUGCCUAUCAAAAAGAUGUUCAGAAAGCCUUGAAAAACUCUAACCCACUGGCGGUGACUGUACAAAAACCUGUCAGCAGGAUGAGACUGAACCCACCCACCCCUCAUCUGGAAACCACUGUCAACACUGAUGCAAAGCUUGAAUGUUCAGUCACGAAGACAACCACAAAUACCUCUCGUUUCACAAUAACAUGGAGUUUUGGGUCCCAGAUGCUCUUAACUAUGGACUUAGAUGCUGUUGUCAAGUUUGGCCCUGCAGCUGGCCUAGAGAUGGACCAGAGGAUCCGUAUGGACAUAAGAGAGAAACAGAGCUUCCAGCUGAAUAUACAACAGACCAGAACAUCUGACAGUGGGAAAUAUGAUUGUGAGGUGGAAGAGUGGCUUCAGGAUCCUGUUGGUGACUGGUAUUCCCUGAAGAAAAUGUCUGUUUCCACAGAGCUGGUUGUUAGAGAGAAAGAAAGUAAACUGCAUGUUCAGAAGGAGAACCGAAUGCUCAACAUUACCAAACAUCAGGCUGAGUUCACCAUUGACUGUGUCAUUGACUCACAAACCAGUGAUAAGCCUUUCUUUGAGGUCACCUGGUUCAAAGUUCAGGAGAAAAAAGGACCAGUCACCAUGUUCACCGCCAAGCAUGAUGGGACUUUACACACUGCAAUUAGUGAAAAAAAUCUUCUGUUUGGACGACCACUAGCCACACACUAUAAACUGACUGUACCACAGAUCAGCCCCUCUGAUAUGGGGAAAUACUACUGUCAGGUUGAGGAGUGGCUUCUAACUGAUAACACCUGGAUGAAAUUGGGUUCUGAUAGAUCUGGAGAGCUCUCCAUCUAUGUUCACACUGAAGGUAAUACUGCAAAACUGAUAGACCCAUUGGUAAUAUCACUGGCAAUUGCUAUUCUUCUGAUUUGUUCUCUUGUAUUGUUCAUAAUAUUGUUGUUGAGAAAGGGCAAAAAGAGGCAAUCUGAACCAAAGAAGAAGAAGAACAACAAGAAGAAAGACUGUCUGUGGGCUGACAAAAAUGGCCUUCCUCUUGUGCCUACUUGCGAUUAGAUUGUAGUUUAAAAAUGCUUAUGAUCAGAUUGCAGUUACUUUUUUAUCAGUUGUAUGAUUACAUACAUUCCUACAGUAAUCAUUUAACUUCUAAGAAAAUUACUGUAUACUAGGCCUAUACAUUUCCAAAUUUUCUAUUGGCUGCAUUUAAAAUCUAAAAAAAAAAAAACAUUUUGGUUGCAUGCCUUAUCAACAUUUCAUAUCUGACCCACUGCUGACAAAACAUUUUAAUUAUUAUUUGACAUCAUUGAGUCAUUUGAUGUUUUACUAUAAGGAUCUAGUGCCACGACUGCCUACAUUGGCACAUGAAGAAGUUACACUGGUACAUGUGCAAGACAGAUAUAUAUAUAUGUCCCUAAGUGCCUCACAGCUGCUUGACAAUCGAUACUUCUAGGUUAUCAUUUUUUAUACCCAAACAGCCUGUUUUACUAUGUUAAAAUCUAUAAAUGUUAUUAAUGUAUGAGAAUUACGCUGUGCCCAAACAGCAGCUCUGAUAAGCCACAUGUGCAACCACUGCAUAUCACAAACCACUGAAACUGCAACACAGGCAAAAAAAUAGCGGUUCGCUCUAUGUUUUUACGCAAGUACGUUUUUCUUCAGUUGUGCUGCACAACUGAGUGAAUGGCAGCUUACAGUUUUGUUAUAUUUAUUACUCUUUGCUUUGAGAGCAAAAGAAGUUGCAGUGUUGAGGUUUUUCAAGUUUUUUAAAAAUGUCAUGUAAUGAAAAUGACAGUAAAUAGGUUGAAAUCUGUUAUUCAAAGUCUAUCUUAAGUCUGCUUAAAUUACGUUUAGGAUUGACAUGUUUAAAACCUUUAAUGGUCUGACGAUGGCUUCAGAAAUAUUUUAAAUGGUGCUUUAUUUAUGUUUCAGUUUGCAAAUCAAUUAAGCAAGUCUUUGACUAAAAGGCUUUUAUCACAUACACACACAAACACACAAACAAUAAAUAAAUAAAAUAAAAAAAAUCACAUAAUAUUGCAUUUACCAUGCAACAACACAUAUAGAUAUAGAUAUAGAACUGUACAUAAAUUUGCUUUUAUGUUGGUGAUAACAUGUUUGCCUUAUAACUUGUCUGAUCUGCUACCACAAAUGAAUGAUGUCUAUGACGUGUAUUUUAUUCGAAUUAUUUGUACACCAUGUAAAUAUAUUUGCAUAUUUGUAGACAGUGUAAAUAUAUUUUCCAUACAACUUUGAUGUUGGCUCUGUUGUCUUCAUGUUUAUGAAUGCUUCUUCAUGUAAUGUAAUGUUUAAAGUCCCAAUGUAACAGAAAUAAAAGAAGUAAAACCAC